AUGAUGGGACCGUGGCUCAUCUAUGCCAGCCUCAUCAACAAAGCCACUAUCGCUCUAUAUGAUGGCGUGCCGACCGGGCGCGACUUCGGUGUUUUUGUCCAGAACGCGAAAGUCAGCAUGCUCGGUGUCGUACCUACCCUCGUUCGCGCCUGGAAAAACACAGAAUGUAUGCACGGGCUGGAUUGGCAUGCGAUUCGAGCCUUCAGUUCAACAGGUGAAUGCUCUAAUCCAGAGGAGAUGCUUUACCUCAUGUCCUUGGCUGGCUAUAAGCCGGUGAUAGAGUAUUGCGGCGGCACCGAGAUCGGAGGAGGGUAUGUCACCGGCACGCGGAUCCAACCCGCUGCGCCUUCGACCUUUACAACGCCGGCACUCGGUUUGGAUUUUCUGCUUUUUGAUGAUGAUGGAAACCCCUCUGACAACGGCGAGGUUUUCAUUGUUCCCCCAUCCUUGGGUCUCUCUACAAGCCUGCUCAACACCGAUCACAGUGAAGUCUACUUUGCGGGGACACCGCGACCGAAUCUACGCCGCCACGGCGAUGCUAUUGAAAGGUUAGGCAACAAAUUUGAAGACGAGCCUUGGCUUACGGGGAUGAAAUAUCGGGUACACGGGCGCGUUGACGAUACGAUGAACUUGAGCGGUAUCAAGGUGAGUUCCGCGGAGAUUGAAGAGGUCCUUAACGUUGUUGACGGAAUACAGGAGACAGCGGCGGUUGCUGUCUCAUCGGAAGACGGUGGUCCGAGUCAACUCGUCAUCUAUACUGUGCUGGCAGCAUCAGAAUCCGAACCGACGAAACAGGAGAUUCACGCUACGUUACAAGUCGCGCUUUCCGAACAUCUCAACCCCCUGUUCAGAAUUCACGAUGUCGUCAUCGUAGAUACCUUGCCACGAACCGCUUCUAAUAAGGUGAUGCGUCGGUUGCUGCGUCAGCAUUGUCCCGCAAGUUUCCUAUAA